AUGGAGGCCUUCAAUGGCACAAAGGUAAACCACUUAUCUAGGACUGGGUCAGACCGUGCACCCCUCCUAGUAGAUAUUGAAAAAGAAAGAAGCAACCUAAUAAGAUAUUUCAAAUUCCUAAACAUCUGGUGCAAUCAUAAAGACUUCAAAGACAUAGUCAAAGAAGAAUGGAGCAGGCCUGUUCAAGGCAGAGCUAUGUGGAAAGUACACUGCAAAUUGAAGGCAGUAGCAAGAAGGCUCAGUUCUUGGUCCAGAGAAACAUAUGGGGACAUAUUUAGAGAUAGCAAAGAGGCUGAAAAAGAAGUAAAGGAAUUGGAAAAGAAGCACACAGAAAACAACAAUGAGGAGACUAGAAGCAGCCUGAACAAGGAAAAAGCUGAGUACAUCAGAUUGUUGAAGAACCAAUAUGAAAUAUAUAGGAAAAGGGCCAAAGAAAGAUGGCUACAGGAUGGAGAUAAAAACAGUCCAUAUUUCCAUAAGGUCAUUAAGGACAGAAGAAGGAAGCUAAAUAUCCAUAAGAUAAGUGACAAUGAGGGAAACAACAUAGAAGGCCACCAGAACAUAGCAGAUGCAGCAAUAAAACACUUUGAGGAGUUGUUCAAAUAUGAAGAAAUCAGAGGAAGUUUCAGAAUUCUUGACAAAGUCUCUCAGGUAGUAACAGCAGACAUGAACACAAUGCAAAUUGCCAGACCUACUGCCCAUGAGGUAACAGAUGCUAUCAAUAACAUAGAGUCUGAUAGUGCCCCAGGCCCUGAUGGGUUUGGAGCAAAAUUUUUUCAAACAUGCAUAGAUAUAAUAUUCUCAGAUAUUCACAAUGCUAUACUUGAAUUUUGUGAUGGAACACCUGUACCUAGGUAUGUCUCUCACACUUGUUUGUUUAUGCUCCCAAAAUGCCCCCAACCCCAAUCCUUCUCAGACAUUAGACCUAUAAGCCUGUGUAAUACCUUAAGUAAGAUUAUUGCUAAAAUACUUUCUAAUAGAAUUGGUAAGAUUCUACCUGAUAUCAUUUCUCCUAAUCAAAGUGGGUUCAUUCAGGGAAGGUCCAUUACUGAUAAUGUGCUGCUAGCACAAGAACUGGUUCAGGAUAUCCCCAAAACUAAUAAGCAUGACAACCUAGUCCUUAAAGUAGACAUGUCCAAGGCAUACGAUAGGGUGUCCUGGCCUAAUCUAUGUAGGAUUAUGAGAAAACUAGGCUUUAAUGAAAUCUGGAUUGACAUAAUUUAUAAACACAUUGCUAAUAACUGGUACUCUAUUGUCCUUAAUGGGACAAGAAAUGGAUUUUUCAAGUCUAGUAGGGGUCUAAGGUCAACUAAUAAACAAAAAGAUAAGCUGUGUAGCCUUUUCUCCGAAGGACAAUCUGGAAGUAGGAUUAAAAUCAACUAUUUCUCUGAGAUGGUGAACUCGAUAACUAGUAGAAUUCACUCCUGGCAUACGAAAUUUCUCUCUAAAGGGGGUAAAAUAGUACUGAUCAAACAUGUGCUUUCAGCCAUGCUAGUGCACUUACUAGCAGCAAUGAAACCUCCAAAGGGUACUUUUGAACAGAUAGAAAGUGCUAUGAUAAGAUUUCUAUGGAGUGAUAAGGAAUCCAUGAGAAAAUACCAUUGGAGUAGCUGGGAGGCCAUGUGCCUACCUGGUGAAGAAGGUGGGGUGGGACUGAGAUGUCUGAGUGAUGUCAGCAAUGCAUUCACUGCCAAACAAUGGUGGAACCUGAGAACUAAGGAUUCCCUAUGGAAGGAGUAUAUGAUGUCAAAAUAUUGUUCAACAAGGAACCCAGUCAUCAGGAAAGUGAUAGGGGUGCAAUCCUUGACCUGGAGGUCAAUGUGCAAGGUUAGGGACCAGAUAGAAGAUAAUUUUACAUGGCAAAUAGGUCAAGGUCAUCUCUCCUUCUGGUAUGACAAUUGGUCAAGAAAUGGAGCAUUAUACAAAUUGUUACCAGAGGAGGUGAUUCCAAAUAACAGUCUGCUGAAUGAGGUGGACAUUAAUGGUAACUGGAUAUGGAACAGGGUAGGAUUGGGUGAAGAAUAUGUGCAACAACUUGAACAGAAACAUGACCAACAAAAGCAUCAAAUUCAUAAGAUGGUACCCCUACCUCCCCAUUAUGUAAAACUUAAUAGUAAUGGCAGCUGUAAGGGAAGUGCUUGUAGAGGAAGAGGAAUCAUUAAAGAUGAGAAAGGAAAGAUGAUUUCUGCCUACAGCAUCAAUCUUGGUUGUGGCACCAACAACUGGCUGAGGCUAAAGCCCUUCAACAUGGACUCGAAUGCAAUUCAAGGGAAAUGCAAAACCCCAUGGAACAUUGAGAAAAUGGUCUGCUGGAUACAAAUGACACAGUAUCAAUAUCAAUUUCAGAUCAGGCAUUUCUUUCGAGAGGCUAACCAGGUUGCAGACAAGCUUGCACAAAUCAGCCACUCUCACAUUGAUGUUGUAACUUACACCAGCUUUCAGGAUUUGCCAAAAGCUAUUAGAGGUGUUCUAAAUCUUGACAGAUGGGGUCUGCCCAGUAUCAGGUCGAGAACUCGAAGCAACAAGAGUUUCACCUUUGACUCUCCUUAG